GGUGGAUUGUCAUCGAGCUAUGGCGCACCAUCGCGUGGAUCAUCGAUAUCCGCUAGUUACUCAGCACCUAUUUCUGGAGGUGGUGGAGUGUCCACCAGCUAUGGCGCGCCUACUGGAGGCGGCGGUGGCGGCGGAUAUUCAAGACCAUCUUCCACUUACGGUACACCUAGCACCGGUGGUGGCAGUUUCGGAGGUUCCGGUGGAUAUUCUGGAGGCGGUGGUGGUUACUCUGGAGGCGGAGGUGGCUACUCUGGAGGUGGAAACGGUGGAUAUUCCGGUGGUGGUGGCUACUCCGGCGGCGGUGGAAACGGUGGAUACUCUGGCGGAGGUGGAAACGGAGGCUACUCCGGCGGAGGUGGAAACGGAGGUUAUUCCGGCGGAGGUGGAAACGGUGGCUAUUCCGGCGGAGGUGGAAACGGUGGCUAUUCCGGCGGAGGUGGAAACGGUGGCUAUUCCGGCGGAGGUGGAAACGGUGGCUAUUCCGGCGGAGGUGGAAACGGUGGCUAUUCCGGCGGAGGUGGAAACGGUGGCUAUUCCGGCGGAGGUGGAAACGGUGGCUAUUCCGGCGGAGGUGGAAACGGUGGCUAUUCCGGCGGAGGUGGAAACGGUGGCUAUUCCGGCGGAGGUGGAAACGGUGGCUAUUCCGGCGGAGGUGGAAACGGUGGCUAUUCCGGCGGAGGUGGAAACGGUGGCUAUUCCGGCGGAGGUGGAAACGGUGGCUAUUCCGGCGGAGGUGGAAACGGUGGCUAUUCCGGCGGAGGUGGAAACGGUGGCUAUUCCGGCGGAGGUGGAAACGGUGGCUAUUCCGGCGGAGGUGGAAACGGUGGCUAUUCCGGCGGAGGUGGAAACGGUGGCUAUUCCGGCGGAGGUGGAAACGGUGGCUAUUCCGGCGGAGGUGGAAACGGUGGCUAUUCCGGCGGAGGUGGAAACGGUGGCUAUUCCGGCGGAGGUGGAAACGGUGGCUAUUCCGGCGGAGGUGGAAACGGUGGCUAUUCCGGCGGAGGUGGAAACGGUGGCUAUUCCGGCGGAGGUGGAAACGGUGGCUAUUCCGGCGGAGGUGGAAACGGUGGCUAUUCCGGCGGAGGUGGAAACGGUGGCUAUUCCGGCGGAGGUGGAAACGGUGGCUAUUCCGGCGGAGGUGGAAACGGUGGCUAUUCCGGCGGAGGUGGAAACGGUGGCUAUUCCGGCGGAGGUGGAAACGGUGGCUAUUCCGGCGGAGGUGGAAACGGUGGCUAUUCCGGCGGAGGUGGAAACGGUGGCUAUUCCGGCGGAGGUGGAAACGGUGGCUAUUCCGGCGGAGGUGGAAACGGUGGCUAUUCCGGCGGAGGUGGAAACGGUGGCUAUUCCGGCGGAGGUGGAAACGGUGGCUAUUCCGGCGGAGGUGGAAACGGUGGCUAUUCCGGCGAAAGUUACGCCAGCAACGGAGGCUACCAAUAUUAAUCGGAAGAAGUUUUCAUCUCGCGCGACGACCUUCGACCAUGUUUCACCAAUCAUCAACCACCAUCGAACGGGCCAAAAGAAUUUUAACACAUCGACAUCCUCCAUGUCACGAUCCAGACACAACAA